AAGUAGGCUGACUUCCUGUUCGCUCGUGGCCAGAGGACGUUGGUGUCACAAAGGAGAGGGGCUCUCGAGGUUUUCUUUUCAUUUUCUCCGCUAAGCCGCAAAAAGAAGCAGCAAGAGGAUGUUUUCCCGCGCCGUGAGACCCACCGCGAGCCUCGCUCGAAGCCUGUCUACUUCCGCGCACAACAACGCCAAAGUGGCGGUGCUAGGGGCUUCAGGCGGGAUAGGCCAGCCGCUGUCCCUGCUGCUCAAGAACAGCCCUCUGGUGAGUCGCCUCUCCCUGUAUGAUAUCGCUCACACACCCGGGGUGGCGGCGGAUCUCAGCCACAUCGAGACCAGGGCCCAGGUGACCGGCUACAUAGGCCCAGACCAGCUCGACGCUGCUCUGCGGGGCUGUGACGUGGUGGUCAUCCCCGCCGGCGUGCCCAGGAAACCCGGUAUGACCCGCGAUGACCUGUUCAACACCAACGCCACCAUCGUAGCCACCUUGGCCGACGCCUGCGCCCGCACCUGCCCCGAAGCCAUGAUUUGUGUCAUCGCCAACCCCGUGAACUCAACUAUCCCCAUUACAUCAGAGAUCAUGAAGAAGCAUGGUGUGUACAAUCCCAACAGAGUGUUUGGUGUCACGACCUUGGACAUUGUCAGAGCUAACACCUUUGUGGCUGAGCUCAAAGGUCUAGAUCCAGCUCGGGUCAAUGUCCCAGUCAUUGGUGGUCAUGCUGGGAAGACCAUCAUCCCGCUGAUUUCCCAGUGUACACCCAAAGUAGAGUUUCCUGCUGACCAGCUGACCGCCCUCACAGAAAGAAUCCAGGAGGCCGGCACAGAAGUGGUGAAAGCCAAGGCGGGAGCAGGAUCUGCCACCCUCUCCAUGGCUUAUGCGGGUGCCCGAUUUACCUUCUCAGUCCUGGAUGCCAUGAAUGGAAAAGAAGGUGUGGUGGAGUGCGCCUUUGUCAGGUCUGAGGAGACGGAGUGCAAGUAUUUCUCCACGCCUCUCCUUCUGGGCAAGAACGGCAUUGAGAAGAACCUUGGGCUGGGGAAGUUGUCAGCCUUUGAGGAGAAGCUGGUGGCUGACGCCAUCGGAGAGCUGAAGGCUUCAAUCAAGAAAGGCGAGGACUUUGCAGCUAACAUGAAGUAAACAGAAGCCAAAGUUAUGAUGGAGGUUCAGUCUUAAGACAUCUGUGUAACUGAAGAUCUGUCAGGGUUUCCUCUUCUUUGUCUUGGCAGCGGGGUCGUAUUUUUAAGCUGUUUUAGUUUAACAAACAUGGCCUGAUCCUGUGCUUAUACCUGGUGUCUGUGCUGUACUGUGACUUAUUUACUUUGCAAGUUUUGUCAGGAUUGUUAAUUUAAUGUACAGCAUGCAUUUGUGAGGACGUCUCUGCUGAGUGAACAAAGAGGAAAUACUUUCAUGCUUACUGAUGCAAACGGUUGUUGUUGCUGAUGAACAAAAUAUUCACUCCACCAAUAAAUAAUUUAGCUUUCAGAA